AUGGUGAAUUAUAAGGAAUCCAAUACAAAUUUAUGGUUAUGGGAUACAUCAACUCCUACUAGCAUUAGUAGUAGUAUUAGUAGUAGUAACUCAACAUUACUUGUAACGGAACAGUAUUCAGUUUUUAAUCCAGCUAUAAUUUGUCUUCGUAAGUUGAGUCAUAAAAAAACUCCAGCCGGAAAAUUGUUAAUCAUACAUCAAACAUUUACCAUUGUGGACUAUAUAUUCAGUAAAAGUAAACAUUUCAAUUCUCGUCUAGAAACAUCAGUUAAGAAUAGCAAUGAUUGCAAAAACCCAUCGAUUUGUUCAACAGAUACAUUAUUUCAUCUACCUGGACUUGAUCAAUUAUUACCGAUUAUGCAAUAUGUGGUAAUACGUGCUGGCAUUAUGUAUUUGGGCGCUGAAUUGGCUUUUAUCAAACAAUUGGCACCGGAACGCUUAUCACUGCAUGGAUUAUCACCAUAUUUAAUGACAACAUUACAAGCAUGUUAUGAUCAAAUUCUACGUGAAGGAAGUAGCAUAGAAUCUAUCACUCAAUUUUCAUAA